AUGGCCUUCGUAAAAAAUCACUGCAUGACGACUUUAAUUUUUACUCGAAGUUUUUGCUUAAAUAUAACUAAAAGGCACCCAGAUCGAAGUUUUCCAAAAUUACUGAAUGCAUUUGCUUCUUGGCCUUCUGUAUCAAAACUCAUAUGUUUUUCUGAGGGUUCAACGAGAAAUAUUGGUCAUUAUAGAGUGUUGACUAAUAAUUAUUCUACUGAACCUCGAUCUUUCAAUGGGUUUGUCGAUGAAUCUAAUUUGAGAUCAUUAGAAUCUACCAUUAUUUCAGAUGAAUCUUUACCAUCUAAAAGUUGUUUAGGUGGACCUAUCCCACGUUACGACGCUCUUGUAGCAUCCAGAAUGGUAAGAGAAGAUUCUUUUCAGCGUAGUAUAAUCUGUAUCCUUCAGAAUUUAUACGAGCGGUUGAUAAAUUAUGUUCCACCCCCCAUCAUGGAUCCAAGGGGCAAUGUUGGUGAUAGUUCAAUUUUCAGAAAGAUUUCAGGAUUUUUUGGUGCCCCGACUAAGAUCCCCGUAAACAGCCCGAAAGGACUGUAUUUAUAUGGUGAUGUAGGAACCGGCAAGACCAUGCUGAUGGACCUUUUUUAUGACACACUUCCUAUUAAACGAAAGCGUCGAAUCCAUUUUCACGCUUUUAUGCUUGAUAUUCAUGCACGAGUUCAUAAACUUAAGCAAGAGAUUUCAGAAACUUAUGAUCCAAUACCACCUAUUGCUACUGAUUUAGCAAGUGAUGCAUACGUCUUGUGCUUUGAUGAGUUCCAAGUUACAGAUAUAGCGGAUGCAAUGAUUCUCCGACGUCUUAUCGAUGAAUUAUUUAAUCGUAGUGUUGUUAUGGUCACCACCUCCAACCGUCAUCCAGAUGAUUUAUACAAAAAUGGGAUCCAACGUAAAAGUUUUAUUCCUUGUAUUGAACGAUUGAAAGAAAGAUGUCAAGUACAAUCUCUCAAUUCUGGAACGGAUUACCGCAAAUUGGCUCGUAUAGCAACUGGUUUAUACUUUACACCACUGAAUGAACAAUCUUCAACCGGGAUAGAUGAUGUUUUCAAUAUGUUAACGCGUGGGCGACAAGUUUAUGAAACCAACUUGAAUUUUUGGGGGAGAUCUCUUCGAGUACCCCAGGCCUGUGAUGACAUUGCAAAAUUCACCUUUGAACAAUUAUGUUGUCAGCCUUUAAGUGCCGCUGACUAUCUUGAACUUACUAAACACUAUACAACUAUUAUACUUACGGAUAUACCAAGAAUGUCUUUAAAAUUGAAAAACGAAGCUAGAAGGUUUAUUACACUUAUUGAUGCAUUGUAUGAUACAAAGACUAUAUUAGUAUGUUCGGCUGAAGUCCCAGUAAAAGAAUUAUUUACAACUGAAGAAGAUCUAGAUCCCACACAUCAUGAACUUUUGGAUGAUUUAAACCUUCAUGCAAAGGAUCAUAAGUCUAGUCCCAUAUUUACGGGUGAAGAGGAAGUUUUUGCAUUUGAGAGAGCAGUAUCAAGGUUAAUUGAAAUGCAAGGACAUGAAUGGAUAAGCAAAAUAAUAUUGAAAAUAAGAUCUGGUGAUUCAACUAUGGGUUCACGUCUAACGUUAGAGUAUGUGAGUUGA